AUGUUUAAGCAGCAAAAUUAUCCGGAAAAGAUUCCAGUAAAAAACUAUCAAUGCGAUUUAUGCAAAGAAAGCGACGAGCUAAACGAUGCUUUCAAUGGAUGUACUGUUGUUGUUUUUUGCGCCGGAAAACCGUUUGAGUAUUUGCAAGCGGAAAAAGACCUGACCGAACAGUACCAAUGCGAUAAUUUUUCAACUUGUGAAUCGGUAAUUCAAAAGAUGAAGGAAAACAAUAUAAAGAUUCUUGUAUACGUUGGAGAUGCGUAUGGAAACCUGCCAAACUGUGAUAAUUACGGCCUUUCUGAAGCAAUGCACCUUGGUGUGCCACCUAGUUUUGUUCUUGGAGCUUAUGGCGAAAGUAGAACUAAAGGCGAACUUCUUGCUCGAAAAGCUGCCGAAAAUGGUGACAUAAACGGCAUAUUUCUUCGUCCAACAAUAAUUUAUGGAGAAGGUGAAAAACAUAUGAUUGGAUCGUUUUUAAAAUUUUGUAAAUUUAAUGGCGGUUAUCCGAACAUUAGAGGCACAGAUCGAGGAAAUCAUCAAUAUAUUUAUGCUGGGAAUCUUGCAGCGAUGAUCUAUAGAGGUAUUGAAUGCUUAAAGACCGAUGCUGCAAAAUAUAACGGGGAAGUAUUAUAUGCUAUGGAUAAAACAGUUUGCACACCUUUCAAAACAUUUAUAAAACCUUUUAUGGAAAUAUUUGACAUAGCACCCAGUGCUGAAACCAGCUACUUCAUGGCUUUUUCUACAUCACUUGGUCACGAGCUUCUUUACCGACUUGGUAUGGCGGGAGCUGGAAAAAGACUGUCUUUUAGGGCUCAGCGUUAUCUUUAUGGCUGGACUAUCGGAUUUCCUAUCCGAAAACUUCGUCUACUUUUAGAUAUUGUGCCACCUUGGCAACAGGAUGACGCUUUAGCCAAGACCUUGCUUUGGUAUAAAAAUAAUCAGGAUAUUUUUCAGUGA